AUGGCAGAGAGUAGUAUUCAAGUUAUAAGUACCUGGCCUCAGGGCUCGGCAACAGCUGUCAUUUACACUACAACGCUAUUCGAAACUACUUCGUCGACUUCCGGGACGGAUUCAUCGACUUCUGGUACAGCUACAUCGACAGCUACAUCGACAUCAAAAUUGGAAUCGGAAUUGGGAGAGUCUCAAUCCAUUCAAUCAACAUCGUCCUCCUCCCUGAUAGUAUCGAUAACCGCGACACAAGCCUCUAGCGGAGAUAUAACAGGGAGCGCGACAGCAGCGACUAGCUCACACAAAUCUUCAUCCGGUGGCCAAUAUGGAACUGGUGCACUAGCUGGAGGUAUUGUAGGCGCAUUUGUGGGUGGGUGUCUAUUAGCCUUCCUCAUCGCGUUCCUUUUCUUUCGCAAGCGGAGACAAAGAGAGCCAUCGGCCGAGGUGACUGAAAACCCUUAUCGAACGCCCGAUAAUGCUACGAAAGGGCCGACCGCAGUGUCCGGGCAACUUCUAAAUCAUUCAACUAUUUCAUACACCACGAAAGAUGCGUUCGACACUCCUGACGGGUUCGCUGCGACAACUUUCAAAAUCCCAUCUAUUCCUCCACCUGCGGAUGAUCAGACCGUGUCCACGAAGAUCGAAUCACUAUUCGAUCAGAUAAGCCUUCAUAUUGAUAACUACUAUGUCCGUCUUGAUGCGAGCCCGUCGAUCCCGGCAGCAAAGGUUGAUGAUAUUGGUCACUAUGAUUCAUCUUUGCUUCCUGGGUCCCUGGUCUCCUUUCUGUGCAAGGGCAAAACUCAACGUGCUGCAUUAACACAUGCACUCGCCUAUCGCCUUUUAGAGGCAAUACGCCCUGGAAGCAGCUCAGAGUCUCUUCUUCCUCCAUGUUUUCGAUGGGCGCCUAGUACCACCCAACUCGCCCCCUCCGAACGAGCCGCUCAAGACGAGCUUGAAUUUUCUUGGCGGAUGAUAGUAUCGCAUUUGAACUCCCUCAGCCCCUCCACGCCUCCAACUCAACGCGAUGAAACUAUCGAUAGCCUCACCCGGGACUUUAUUUCAACCUUUUCCCCCUACAGGAACCCCGAAUUCUCCGAAUCACAGCAAAUUGCCCAUCUUAAAAGUGUUAUCAAAGCAACAUCAGAUCUUGGAACUUGGUUUUUCUCCCAGCCGUGUGCAUUCCGGCUUGACUGGGCGUCAAGCGCUACUGAUCGAAAUCAAGACCAGCUCAUAAUAUUCCCCUCCGUUGUGAAGUUGUGUGACGAACAAGGUAGACGAUUGGAAAAUAUCCAAAAACUGGUCGAAGAGCGCAGGAUGCAAAUGUAG